AUGAUAAUAAACAAUGCCGAUGGAAAACACGAUGCCGAUCGCAAACACGAUGCUGAUGGAAAAUACGAUGCUGGUGGAGAACACGAUGCUGGUGGAAAACACGAUGCUGGUGGAAAACACGAUGCUGAUCAAGAGAUACAUUGCCAGGAAAAUAGUGAUGUUUCACAAGGAAGAAAUGCAGCCGCCAGUGGCUCACAUGAUGUGAACCAUCAGCCGAAAGUUGUUGAAGAACAAGAAAUAGAUAAUCUAGAAAACAGUGCUGUUUCACAAGAGAGGAAUACAGCCGCCAGUGGCUCAAAUGGUGUGAACAUUCAGCUUAAAGUUGUUGAAGUACAAGAAAUAGAUAAUCGAGAAAACAGUGCUGUUUCACAAGAGAGGAAUGCAGCCGCCAGUGGCUCACAUGAUGUGAACCAUCAGCUGGAAGUUGUUGAAGAACAAGAAAUAGAUGAUCGAGAAAACAGUGAUGUUUCACAAGAGAGGAACGCAGUUGUCAGGGGCUCACAAGCUGCAAAUCAUCAGCUAAAAUUUGUUGAUUCACAAUCAAUGUAUUCUGAAGAAGAUCAAAAUGAAUGUGAAACAGAACCAGGACCGAGUUCAGCAGUUACCGGCAAUAUGAAUUUGCGAAUCCGCAAACAUUGUGCAAAAGCUAUAGAGUAUUCAGAGUCAGAAGAUGAUGAUGACUCUGUCGCAGAUCCCUCCUAUGAAAUAGAUGUAACCAAUACUAAUAGACAACCAUUUCAUAUAGUUGCUGAUUCAGAUAAUCCGAUAGUUGCUGACUUAGAUAAUCAGAUAGUUUCUGACUCCGAUAAUCAGGAUGAUGAAACACAACAGAAUUUGAAUAAACAUAAAGGUAUAUCGACAUGUAGAGUUGAUACUGCUUUGAAGAAAUUUCAUGGACGGAUGGCUCUGACUGACCAGAGAGGUAUCGCGGGUGGAAAGAAUAAGCUCCCAGAUACAGCAAUACAAAGUGUUAUCGAUCAAAUCAACAAAAUACCGGUAUACAUCUCACACUACAGUCGGCAAAAAACAGAAGCCAAGUUUCUUCCACCAGGGAUGACAAUACAAAAAAUGUAUAAGGUGUAUUGCUCCGAACAAAAUAAUCCAGUUAGUAUUGCUUCCUACAAAAGAAUUUUCUACACACAUUUCAAUUUACGAAUGAAGCCACCGAAGAAAGACACUUGCAAUACCUGCGAUACCUUCAAAACUAAAAUAGAUAACGAGCCGGAUCAACAGAGGAAAUAUGAUAUUAAGAAACAACACAAUGAGCAUUUACAGUUAGCCGAAGAAGCGCAAAGGCUGCGCAGACAAGAUUUUCAGACCGCGAAAGAGUGCGAAGAAAUCGAAUGCAUAACCUUCGACUUAGAGAAGACCCUUCCGUUACCCCGCAUCCCCACUAACAUAGUGUUCUAUAAACGCCAGCUUUGGGUAUAUAAUGCUGGAGUCCAUAGUGGCAAAGAAGACUGUGGAUAUUGUUAUGUGUGGGUUGAAGGUACAGCUGGCCGUGGUUCUCAAGAAGUGGGAUCCUGCCUAUUGAAGCAUAUUCAAAACCACUUAUCGCCAACAGUAAAACAUUUAAUUUUUUGGAGUGACGCGUGUGGUGGGCAGAAUAGAAACAUAAAGUUAACACUUUUUCUGAAAUCUAUUCUGCACCAAUCGCACAGCCUUGAAACUAUGACCAUGAAUUUUUUGAUGUCCGGGCAUUCCUUCCUGCCCAAUGAUUCUGAUUUCAGUGACAUUGAAUCUGCGUUAAAGCAUCAGCAGCGGCUUUAUACUCCUAAUGAUUAUAUAGAUAUUAUGAAAACCUGCCGAAAGAAGAAACCAUUGAUUGUUAGAAAAAUGGAAUCACAUGACUUUUUCAGUGUUGAGAAAGUUGAAAAAAAUAUAGUAAACCGGAAGCAAACGGAGAUGAAUGAGAAAAUAAAUUGGUUGCAUGUGAGAUCCAUAAAAUUGCAGAAAGAUGAGCCGUUCUACAUUCAACUCAAGCAUCACAACUUCACCAAUGAAUAUCAUAGAGUGAACAUUAAAAAAAACACUAGAGGAAGACCAUCUAAUGCCGAUACUAUAUUCACAGAUCUUGUGCCAUUAUGGCCACGAGGAAAGCCGAUUGCCGAACCAAAGCUGAAGAAUCUCAAAGAGAUGCUUCACCUCAUACCCGCUGAUGCUUUGAGUUUUUAUACUAGCCUGGAGAGUGAUCCGAGAAUAGUUGAGGAUAUAGAUGGAUUUGACGCAGAGCAACUGGACUUUGAUGUUGAUGAAUAG